ACGAAUAGAGGAGUAUGCGCACUCUGCAAUGGCUGCCUUCGUCAUUUUUAUAGCGUAAUAAGGUCAAUUCGUUUAUAGAAUCUAAUUAAGACAUUUCUUAGUUUAAAAGCGCGCAGAAAUGGUUGCGGACGCAAUAAGAACUACAUAUUCGUAGGCGCAUAAUACAUGAAUGCAAUGCCGAUGCUUGGAGGACGUGUAAAACGUAUAAAAAACUAGAGAGAAACGUGGAAAUGGCGUUUGUACAGCUUUGUUGGCUGUUAAUAUUAAUAUGCGGCUGGCACAAAGCAUCAGCAGUAGUAAUAGCAGAGGGCGUCUUUAACUUCACCUGUUUUACAGAAGAAAUGAGAUUCUGGUUCAAACCGAACGACUACGCGGCCUUCAGAGCGCGCUAUCCCUCCAGUAAAAUAUAUGCACAAGGCCAUGGGAAUGACACGAAUUGUGUGGGGCAAUUUAAUGACACCAUGGAAUGGAACUUGAUCAGAAUUCCCCUUGCCAAAGACAACUCCGGAUGUGGCGUCACGCACAAGAAGAUGGAGUGUGACAUGUACAAUGCAACUUUUGUUCUACGCCAUACAGAGCAGAUUAUUCAGCUCCGGGAUUAUCUCAUCCUCGUGGUGAAUUGUAAACCAUGCCAAACGGUUUCCAAUGGAAGUCCAAUUAUCGUCCAACAGCCCACAUCACCGCCGGACAGUGAAGCUUCGAGCACAUGUACUUUGAAUUUGUUGACAAUUGCGACUUGGAUAGGCACGUGGCUUUUGUUUUCCUGA